GAGGACUACACAGCAAUGCUGGACUGCAGCGACUACAUUCUAGACUCAAGAAUGAACACUCCGUCAGAAACCAGUAAACCUGUAAAAAUGGAGAGUGGUGAUGGGGACACAGGCACACAGACAAAUGGCCUGGACUUUCAGAAACAGACUGUGCCUGCCGCGGGGGCAAUAUCUACAGCCCAGGCCUUCCUUGGACACCUUCAUCAGGUUCAGCUUCCUGGAUCAAGUUUACAGGCUGCUGCCCAGUCCUUAAAUGUACAGCCUAAACCUAAUGAAGAAUCUGGGGACAGUCAGCAGCCAAGCCAGCCUUCCCAGCAGCCUUCAGUACAGGCGGCCAUACCCCAAACCCAGCUCAUGCUGGCCGGAGGACAGAUCACUGGACUCACGUUAACACCAGCCCAGCAGCAAUUAUUGAUACAACAGGCACAGGCACAGUUGCUGGCAGCUGCAGUGCAGCAUUCAGCCAGUCAGCAGCACAAUGCUGCAGGCGCCACCAUCUCAGCUUCUGCUGCAACGCCCAUGACACAAAUCCCUCUAUCUCAACCGAUACAAAUUGCACAGGAUUUGCAGCACCUGCAGCAGCUCCAACAACAGAAUCUCAACCUGCAACAGUUUGUGUUGGUGCAUCCAACAACCAACUUGCAACCAGCACAGUUCAUCAUCUCACAGACGCCGCAGGGGCAGCAGGGUCUCCUGCAAGCGCAGAAUCUCUUAACGCAACUACCUCAGCAAAGCCAAGCCAACCUCCUGCAGUCUCAGCCAAGCAUCACUUUCACCUCUCAGCCUAGCAACCCCAACAGCACAAUAGCAGCGACCCCUAUUCAGCCACUUCCACAGAGCCAGUCAACACCAAAGCGAAUUGAUACCCCCAGCUUGGAAGAGCCCAGUGAUCUUGAGGAGCUUGAGCAAUUUGCCAAGACUUUCAAACAAAGACGGAUCAAACUUGGAUUCACUCAGGGUGAUGUUGGGCUCGCUAUGGGUAAACUCUAUGGAAAUGACUUCAGUCAAACUACUAUCUCUCGCUUUGAAGCCUUGAACCUCAGCUUUAAGAACAUGUGCAAGUUAAAACCACUUCUGGAAAAGUGGCUCAAUGAUGCAGAAAACCUCUCAUCAGAUUCAGCUCUCUCCAGCCCAAGUGCCCUGAAUUCCCCAGGGCUGGGGAUUGAGGGCUUGAACCGCAGGAGGAAGAAACGCACCAGCAUAGAGACCAACAUACGUGUGGCCUUAGAGAAGAGUUUCCUGGAGAACCAAAAGCCUACCUCGGAAGAGAUCACCAUGAUAGCUGAGCUGAACAUGGAGAAAGAGGUGAUCCGCGUUUGGUUCUGUAACCGGCGCCAGAAGGAGAAAAGGAUUAACCCACCGAGUAGUGGUGGAACCAGCAGCUCGCCCAUCAAAGCAAUUUUCCCUUGCCCAACUUCAUUGGUGGCAACCACACCAAGCCUUGUGACAAGCAGUGCAGCUACAACCCUGACUGUCAACCCUGUGCUCCCUCUAACCAGCGCGGCAGUAACUAGUUGGCAAAUCACCGGCACCACAGAAACCAUCCCCAACAACACGGCAACUGUGAUUUCUACCGCACCCCCGGCUUCCUCGGCAGUGACAUCACCCUCCCUGAGUCCCUCUCCUUCUGCCUCCGCUUCCACUUCUGAGGCAUCGAGUGCCAGUGAGACCAGCACAACACAGACAACCUCCACCCCCAUGUCCUCAGCAAUUGGGACCAGCCAGGUGAUGGUAACUGCUUCUGGGUUGCAAACAGCAGCAGCAGCACUCCAAGGAGCUGCACAGUUGCCUGCAAAUGCAAGUCUUGCUGCCAUGGCAGCAGCAGCAGGACUAAAUCCAGGCUUGAUGGCAUCCUCACAGUUUGCAGCUGGAGGUGCUUUACUCAGUCUCAAUCCAGGGACACUAGGCGGUGCUCUCAGCCCAGCUCUGAUGAGUAACAGCACUCUGGAACUAUUCAAGGUCACUCUUGCAUCUGGUGGCUCUCUUCCAAUAACAUCACUGGAUGCAACUGGGAACUUGGUAUUUGCCAAUGCUGGAGGUACGCCGAACAUCGUCACUGCCCCUCUGUUCCUGAACCCUCAGAACCUUUCACUGCUCACCAGCAACCCAGUUAGCUUGGUCUCUGCAGCUGCAGCCUCCGCAGGGGCCUCUGGACCAGUUGCCAGCCUUCAUGCCACCUCCACCUCAGCAGAGUCUAUCCAGAACUCUCUCUUCACCGUGGCCUCGGCCAGCGGGGCUGCCUCCACCACUACUACUGCCUCCAAGGCGCAGUGAGUUGGACUGAGCUGUGCUUACCCAUAGCCUAUUUUACUCUGCAGUGAGAUGGGCUGCCAGCUGGGUUUACAAACUGCAAAAUGUGAUUGGUUUCCUCUCACCGUGUUGCUGGGGACAAGGGAGAGAAGGAAAAAUACAAAAGGAAAAAAAACCAAGAAGAAGGAUUUAAAACUGGGACAAACAUUUGCCUAAUUUUAUAAUAAACACUGUCUUUUCAGGAUUGCUUCAUUGACUGGAGAACUUUCUAACCAAAAUGUAUAAAACAAAAAAGGA